GCACUCAGGUCAUGUGACUGAGGGAUCUUGUGACGAGCAGUAAAUAAAGGAGUUUUUCACACUGCAGCACUAAACGCCAUGUUUCCAGUGUUUGUGUUGGUCUUGUUCUGUGUGAUCUCAGCUGAGGACACACAGCUGCUGUCUGUUGUAUUUAACCAACACACCGGGAAACUGCAGUUAAAGGAAGGCAUUCAGACAGAUUCUGUCGCAUCCGCCAACUUGACAGAUGACAUUGUUAAUACGGGGUGGUCAUAUCUGGAGGUUGUAACAAAUGGCAAGUACAAUGACACGCUGCAAGCUUAUGCUGCUGGAGUUGUGGAGGGUGUGAUCACCUCGCAGCUCAUCUAUAAGCACUGGAUGAACACGUUGAUGGGAUAUUGUGGAUCAUAUGACCAGGGCUACUGUAAACGUCUGAAAGAAUACAUUACUGCUAAUCUACAGUGGGUGGAAGAGCAAAUUGCAAAAGCUACAGAGUCACCAUAUUGGCAUCAGGUCCAUUUGUCUUUGCUGCAGCUGAAGGGUUUGGAAGAUGGCUAUAAUGGACAGUGUACAUUUCCAGACAGAGGGCUCUACUUUGACCCCUUAGGAUUUCUACUUUUCCAGAUGGGUGGAGACUUGGAGGAUUUAGAGGCUGCAUUGAACAAAUCCAGUCAAUCACGUACAGUGGGAUCCGGAUCCUGCUCUGCUCUAAUCAAACUCUUGCCGGGUAACAAAGAGCUUCUUGUCUCACAUGACACAUGGAACAACUACCAGUCAAUGCUGAGGAUUAUGAAGAAAUAUAUUUUUUCAUUCCGUACAUCUUUGAAAGAUCAGACAUUAAUUCCUGGUAAUACUCAGGCUUUCUCCUCUUACCCUGGCUCCAUCUUUUCAGGAGAUGAUUUCUACAUUCUCAGCACUGGCAUGGUUACACUGGAAACCACAAUUGGCAACAGUAAUUCUGAUUUGUGGAAGUUUGUGAAGCCUCAAGGCUCUGUCAUGGAGUGGCUGAGAAACAUUGUGGCAAACAGACUUGCUCAAUCUGGGAAAGAAUGGGCUGACAUUUUCAGUCAUUACAACAGUGGAACGUACAACAACCAGUGGAUGAUAGUUGACUAUAAGGGUUUCAUUCCAGGUAAACCCAGUCUCAAGAAAGGCUUGUUAACUGUGCUUGAACAAAUACCAGGGAUGAUCCAGGUGGCAGAUAAAACUGAAGAACUCUAUAACACCAGCUACUGGGCCAGCUACAAUAUUGCGUAUUUUGAUGAGGUGUUUAAUGCAAGUGGGGGUCAAGAUCUGGUGAAGAAGUAUGGUUUGUGGUUCUCCUAUAGUGACAAUCCAAGAGCGCAAAUAUUCCGCCGCAACCAAUCCCUUAUUACUGACAUGGAGUCCAUGAUACGCCUAAUGAGGUACAAUAACUUUAAGAAUGAUCCUUUGUCGAAGUGUGAUGGCUGCAUUCCAGCCCAAAAUGGCGAGAAUGCAAUUUCUGCACGAUCUGACUUGAACCCAUCUAAUGGCACAUACCCAUUUGGAGCUCUUAAACAGAGGCCUCAUGGUGGAACAGACAUGAAGUGUGGGUUCUCUCUAAAGUCACCCGGAAAUCUUGUGAAUUAUGACCUGACUAUUUUUAGACAGCAACCUAUGACAUCCUAUGGCUUAUUCAGGCAGUAUGAGAUGUUAGCAGUUAGCGGUCCAACAUGGGACCAGGUGCCUGCUUUUGAAUGGAGCACAUCACCUUACAGCAGUUUAAUGCACACAGGACACCCAGACCGCUGGGAUUUCCCUACUGUACAUGUCAGGUGGUCUGAAUAAAAGAUAUUAUAAUAUCAUGUAUUAUUGGCCAAUUUAAGGUUUAUUUGUUUACUUUUCUCUUAUAAAGGGCAGUAUUUUCCUGUUAUCAGGUAUAAAUACACAAAAUACCUCAACAAAUGGUUCAUUAGAUGAGAUUUUCCAUGCAGCACAUUGCAUUCAGUAAUUUUUUAUAAUUCAGUCUGAACAAAGCAUUGUCAGAGAAAAAAACGUUCUUUAAACUUUACUUGCUCCACAAUCAUUAUUAUGCAGGUUUUAUAACAAAUAUUUUUUAAAAAAAAAGUUAUUUGUACACUGUGAUCGGAGUCUUAAAAUUCAUGAUUUUUGUUUACUGUGUGUGUAUCUGUACCUAAGUUUGAAUAAACAGCAACAUUUCUAUUA